UGCGCCUGACAGGAGUCGCGGCUUUCCUCAGUGAGGAGACUGUGGCGGAGUGUCCAGUAGCAGCCUGUAGGGAGAGAGGUCGAAAGUGUUGUUUGCACCACGGUGGUUGUUAGCUUCGCGUUGGCCGACGCACGUAAAGGAUUCUAAAUGAUGUCCCGGAGAAGAAGCAGAAGCCCGUCCCGAGAACGCCGAAUGCGUGGAGACCGUGGUGCAAGUAACAAGACUGACAGCGCUGAUCCUCGAGAUCUUGAGAGGCGCAUUUUUGUUGGAAAUUUGCCCACUGAUUCCAUGGUGAGGAAGGAUUUGGAAGAUAUGUUCAUUAAAUACGGCAAGAUAAAUGAUGUUAAUAUGGCAGCUGAAAGAAGAAAUUCGAAUAAAACUGCACGGAGACCGAGUCCUCCGAGAAGAGACCCAUUUGCCUUUGGUGAUGAACGUGAUGUAAGACGUGAACGCUCUCCACUCAGACCUACCAGAGAUGAACGUGAUGCAAGGGAUCCCCUAUUUGAUCGAUACAGGGAUGCUAGAGACCCUAGGGACCCAACCUACAGACGAGAUGAAGUCUAUGAUAGGUAUUAUCGCUAUGACGAUGUACUGCGAAGGAAGGAGGAACCAUACAUGGAACGAUUCCGGGAGCCAUGGGAUUCCAGAGCACCUCGUGAAGUUGAUGAUCCGAUGAGAAGGGAGCGUCGCAGAGAAGAAUUAUAUCGGCAGUAUUAUGAUGAAAUCCAGAGACGUUAUGACGCAGAAAGACCUGUGGAUUGUUCUGUAAUCGUCGUCAACAAACAGCAAAAGGAAUAUGCAGAGUCUGUUGGUCGAAAGGUUCGUGACCUUGGUAUGGUUGUCGAUUUGAUAUUCCUCAACACUGAAGUGUCGCUUACACAAGCUCUUGAAGAUGUUAGCAGAGGAGGCACAGCAUUUGCUAUUGUCAUCACUCAACAACAUGAAAUACACAGGUCAUGUACUGUCAAUAUCCUGUUUGGAACACCACAGGAGCAUCGUAACAUGCCAAUGGCAGACGCAAUGAUCUUGGUUGCACGUAAUUAUGAGAGGUACAAGACAGAAACACGUGAAAAGGAACGAGAAGAGAUUGCAAGAAAGGCAGCUAAAAUGGCAGAUGAAUUCAUAGGGCGGGAAAGGGAGCCUACUCAAGGGGCUAUGGAAGAGCGAGGAAAUCCUCCUGGCAUCCAGCCAUUGUUGAAUUUGCUUGCUGAUGGAAGAUACCUUACUGUAGAAGAAAUUGACAAGAUCAUUGAAUAUCUGAGAGAAAAAAAGGAGCGGUUACUUCGAGGAGGAGACUCCUUGCAUGGAUCUGUUCACAAUCCAGCUCCCAUGCCUAGACCAAACAUGGGUUCCGUAGGAAUGAACCCACUUGAUGCACAGCCAUCGCUACCACCUGCUCCAUCUUUGAAGGGAGGGCCACAAGACACACAGGCAGCACAGCAGCAGGAGUUGCAAGCCAAGAUUUUAAGCCUCUUCAACAGUGGAUCAUCUGGCUCAAAUACAAAUACUGCAGGGGCACAGGGUCCAGCUUACGGAAGUGCACUGAAUACCCAAUCUCAAAACCGAGGUGGCCAGCUAGGUCUCAAUAACUCUUCCUAUCUGUCUCAAGCUCAGCAGCGCAUGACAGGUCCUAAUUCACAGCUUCCACCUUUAAUGAGUCAAGCAGUUGCACCGAGAGCCACUGCUAUUCGCUCGCCUCUGCCUCAGGCCCAAGGUCUAUAUGGCCAGCAGCAACCUCGAGGUCCAACCCCAAAUCAGUCAAGUGCUUUGUCUCAGGCCCAGAGAUCUGGUGUUGCAACAGGUAUAAACUUUGAUAACCCUAGUGUGCAGAAAGCAUUGGAUACCCUGAUUCAAAGUGGUCCGUCUUUAUCCCACUUGGUAAACCAGGCCUCUACCCAGGUACCACGCCCUGGGCAGCCAAUGAAUCAGGCUUCUAUGGCAUCUUACCAGCGCCACUAUUGAUCCUGCGUGUAAAGGGGAGGGAAGGGAGAUGCUCUUAUUGAGGAGCAGUCAGCACAUCCACUGAAACCCUUUAAGGCUUCCUGUUUAAGGUUUCAUAAACAAAUGUAAGCGGUUGAAAGAGUGCUUCAUUUAAAAACUGGUUACUGUUUAGUUCCAGUGUAUUGAGAGUCGCUUUUUAUAGUAACCAGGCAAUUGGCAACAUUUUGUAAAGGCACUCUCAUCUUGGAAUGUGUGUGUGUGUGUGUGUGUGUGUGUGUGUAAAGAUCUACAUUUGUUCAUGAACAAAGCCUUAAUCGCAAUCACUUGGUUUAUGUUGACAUUGAUCUUUUAAAAUAAAAAAAAUUGAAAUGUUAACCCAAUGAUUCUGUGUAUUAAAGAAUUAAAGCAUGAUGCUACAGUCUGAAUCCAGUGUUUUUAAAUGAAUAUUUCUAAAGAUGUAACUACAAUCCAGGAUAGCAGACCUUACUAAACAAGUUUUUAUAUUUUAAUGUUUUGUCACCUUUAUUUCCUUUUAUAACUAAAUUCUAGGCCAGGCAGGUUGUCAUUGUCAUAAUAGCCAUGUAAGAUUGACUUUUGUAAGUUUUAUGGUUUCCUGUUACAUUUGUGAUCCCCUUUCCUUGUGUACAUUCUCCAGCUGUGAGCAAGUGCUUUACAUGCCUAAUUUGUAGCCAGUGCCAUUUGCAGUUGUGGAAUGGUGGCUGUUGUAUAUUUCUUGGUAGUUCAAUGUUUGAGUCACUACUUUCAUCUGGUUUGUAAAGAAUAAAGGUUUCUCUUCCAUUUUUUCCCCCUUUGGUUGUGUGUAUGUAUGUAUGUAUGCAUGCGUGUGUGUGCAUGUACUACGGGUGGGAAGAUAGUUGUAUAAGUACUGGUAACUCAAAGGUUCAGAACCUGAACAAAGGAGGGUGACAGAAGUCAUGUGGCAACCUUUUGGGAGUCAUUCUAGUUUGAUUUGAAGCAAGUUUCUUCCCACUGGAAAUGUACACAAACACUUUUUGUAAAGUUAAAUUUUGAUCAAGAGAAUUGCGGCACCAGAAAUUAGUGUGGGAGACCCCGGGGAAGUUUAUUUUUUUUGAAUCAAAAAAAUGAGAUUUUGCUGAAAUGCUUGAAAAUAAUGGCAGUGGAGUGUGUGUCAACUUUCAUUGCAACUCAACUUGUGAGCAACACACUUGAGGGCAACUAUGGACAAGUUGGGGAUCUAGAUUAAUACUUUGCAAUUUAAAAUGAAGACAAAGAUUGAUGAACUGAAGGUUGUUUAAUAAAACUGAGGAUUGGGUGGAGAGUUUUAAUGGACUCGUUGUAGAAUCUGUAUAUUUGCCAAAACAUUUGAAGGUUCUGCACAAGUUGUGUGAAGUUGUUUAUAAACAGAUGUGAUAGAUAUCAUAGUGCAAAAUCUGGUAAGAUUGUCUGGGCUGUCUCUUUUGAUUAUUUGGAUAUUAAAUUCCAUGAUGUUUCUUAAUUUAAAUGGUUUGCAAAGUACUGACUAAUGUCACUCAUUCUCCCUUCCUGUAGUAAUUCAGCCCAGCGUGCAGUAUAUCACUGAUGUAAACCUAAUCAUCACUAAUCUUAUUGAACACUUGAAAUCUAGUUAUAUUCAUAAUAACCAGUGAAGGCUUAAUAGUCCACUAUCAAUUGAGGAAGGUUGUUAGACCUCACGUACUCAAGCUUUGAAUGUUGCUGUUUCUUUGUUACUUGCCUCUACAUUUCCCUUACCGUGUUGAGCCAAGAAAAACUGCCAUGUGACCGCUGUUCAGUUUCUGAAUAUUGUAUAAUGAUGAAAAAUUCAAAUGGGUGCAUUCUCCCACUCCAAAAAAUACAGGGAGUGGUUGGAACAAUGGAUAAAGCAGCAGUGUGUCUUAUUUUCUCACUUAGUUUUGCUAACAUUACUAAAACUAUGUCCAGUGGUAAUAUUGUCUAAUCUAUGCCUGGAUAUUUCUGUAAUAUUUUUGUGCAUUAGUACUUACCGAAAGAGAAUAGUCUUCUGUUUGUAAGACCUAUUUUAUGUAUGGAAUAAGCUUAGAGACCUCAAUCUUUGGGGAUGCAAUUUAUGUCAAUCUUAUUUCUGUAGGUGCAUUCAUACAACAUCGAAAUUAUGAUGCAAGGCUAGCAAGUUUGGUUGAGAUGGUAGUAACUGAAAUUCAUAUUUGUGUUGAAAUCUGUGUUCUCAGCUCGAGUGAUAAUGAAGUAGAGAGCAAGUGGUUUCCGCUUGAGUCUUUGAAAAUGGAAAGUCAAGUAAGAUCAAGACUGGAGAGAUUCUUUACUGAUAGCUUCAAUUGUCACCCUGUGAUGUUAACUUUCCAUUUUGAUUGUUUUGGGAUUGACCAAGGAGGAAUGUUUGCAGAUAGGGGCAUGAAGAGAAACUAAAUGGCACUGCUACAUUGUUAGUAUUGAUAAUGACCCGCUCACGAUCUGAACAGUAGUAAUUACCAACUAAGCCUGUUUGUUUGGAAGACUUGUUUAUGAUCUACAUCAUUAGAAGCCCUGUCAAGUAUAAUGACCUCUGCCUUGCACUUGAUGACCAAAAUCAAUGAUAAAAUUGCACACAAGCCCUGAAUCCCUUUUUCUGGUAAAGCAGUGGGGUAGCACAUACUUUUAUUCCUUUAUCGCUCAACAGGGUAUUGUUUAUGUUUCAGACACCCAGAAUACUGUGUGGAUAGCAGGACAUGUGAUCAUCAGCCAGGCACGUGACAGAGCAGAGACCAAACCGUACGGGAUCAAUCUUGGCCUUGAUAAACGUGGUUUUUCAGUUCAUUGGCUGAGCGCACCUGACCUGAGAUGGCAUGAGCUCCAUGACCUAAUAAUGCAUCACCUGGCACGAUACAAGCCCCCAAAGUACCUGGUCAUUCACUUGGGAGAUAAUGACAUAGGUUACAGCCAGGCUAGUGAUAUAAUAUACAUGGCGAAAGAAGUACUAGGAGCACUGAAAGUCCUAUUACCAAAGACUACAUUGGUUUGUUCAGAAUUGCUCCCACGACCCCACUGGGCUUUUCAACCUGGUGCUUCACUUGAGAAUGACAGGAGAACUAUAAAUGGGGUAUUAAAACAAUAUAUGGAAUAUAAAGGCCAAAAAUUCCUAGAACACCCUUUUAAUGUCAAGCAUCAAGGUCUUUUUAUUGGUAGAGGUGAUUACUUAACCAAUGUUGGUUUAGAUUUAUUCAAUACCACUUUGAUGGGCAGUCUGAAAUAUUAUUUGAGGGAUGAGCUGAUGCAUGGUAGUUAGCUUGUUUCCCACUUGAUUGACAUUCCCUCUCCUGUUGGCUGGUAACCUGAAACCAGUAAGUGGCUGCUACACAACUGGCCUGCCUAUAAUUAGGUUCAUUCAUGUGUUGGUCAAUACAGGGAGGAUUUAUCAAAUUGUCAUCUUGGGGAGCUGCUGACAUACCAAUACAUCAGUUGCUGAAAUACUGUCAUGUUGACAAAACGGAAGUUGAAAUGGGGUGCAGUGUUAUUGUGUCCAUACAGUAUGUAUAUUUGACUUGUUAGUUAGAGAGAGAGCUUGCAGAUUAGUACAGGGAGAAUUUUCAUGCCUGUUUCAAUUGAUUUUUGUUUGUAAUAAAUGCAGGCUGAUUGGCCUUUCAUCGUUAA